AUGGCAACAUUGUUGAAAGUCAGGAAUAAAUUUUGGAUAUCUAAAGGAAGACAAGUAGUAAAGAAAGUUAUUAACGCUUACCUGGUGUGUAAAAAGUUCGCAGUGAAGCCCGCCAAACAGUUAACGGGUCAGUUACCCAGAGAUCGUGUAGUCCAAAGUAAUCCUUUCACAGUUGUAGGCAUCGACUUAACGGGAGCAGUUACUAUUAGAGAAAAAGCGGAUAACCACAAAAAGGUGUACAUAGCCUUAUUUACAUGCGCCGUCACUCGUGCUUACACACUGAAGUGGUUAGCAAAAAGUUUCAUUUUUUCAUUACGACGUUUUUUAGCAAGAAGAGGGAGCUGCAAAGUGAUUUAUUCAGAUAAUGCCAAGAAUUUCCGCAGCACAUGUGAAAUAAUUAAAGGAUUUAAAAGAAUCAAAGCAGAUCCAAGUGUGAGUGAUUUCUUGACAUCCAAAGAGGUAACAUGGAAAUUCAUACCUGAGCGUUCCCCAUGGUGGGGAGGGGGUUCUGGGAGCGUUUGA